AUGGGGGUGGCCGGCCUGAGCAGGCUGCUCACCGGAGACGCCUGCUCCCCGGCAGUGGCCCUGGCUCGCCUUCAUCUUUCAGGACCCCGCGGCUGCCUUGUUCAGCACCUGCACGCCAUUCAGAAGCGGCCCCACCCAGCGCUCGUCCUGGCGGCCUUCGAGUGCCUGGCCUCGAGCCACCCCAGCCGCCUGUGGGAGCAGCUGCGGCAGUUCUGGGCCGACAACUUCUCGCGGCGCUUCUCGCCUCGGCGCCCGCCGCUGCGCCGCAUCUCCUCCAUGUCCACCUUCUACCUGCUCGACCACCGCACACGCCAGGCCGAGCUGGGCCUCAGCUACGGCGCACCGCGCACGCGCCUCAACGGCGAGGCCUUCGUGUUCCGAGGCGGCCGCUGGACGGCCGAGGGCUCGGGGGCCGGGCCGCGUCCCCGGCCGCCGCUGCCCUCCGCGGCUCUGUCGGGCUGGAAGGCGCAGGUGCAGCAGGUGCGGAGCCAGGUGCUGGUGGAGGAGAACAACUACCUGAAACUGCAGCAGGAAUUGCUCCUGGACAUGCUGACGGAGACCACGGUGCGCAUGCACAUGCUGGAGCAGCAGUUCGAGCCCGAGGCCAGCCCCGCGACCGCGGCGCGCGCCUGGCAGGGGACGCGCAAGCGCGACGCCGCCAGCGCGGUGCUGCGGCUCGAGCCGCGCGCGCUGGAACCGCGGUGA